AGCCGAGAUCUGCUGUUUCCAGUUGGAAACGCACAUGAGAAACUCUUCUGAAGCCACUGGACUCUUCAGAAGAUCCCAGACGAGCCUUGGGUGAGGACUGUGGUCUCCUGCACGGAUCACCUCCCUUAAGACGCAGUACUCGCGCGUCACGGCAGCUCCAGACCCCGUCGCUACCGGAAAGUUAUAGGCACAGGAACCGUGAAGACCAGCGCGGCCCAGGAACCGGGGCUCUUGCAAAACCCACAGAUAUUUCUUUAAAAACAAAACUCUAACUUGAGGUUUACUGUGCAUUUUUACCUUCAAAGGGGAAGAGAAAGACACUGUCACGCAGGAAUCCAGCUCUGGAGAAUCGUGAGUACUAGAGGAAAAUUCUUCCCAGGAUGGUCUCCCACUCCGAGCUGAGGGAACUCAUCUGCUCAGCAGACGCAGUGUGCUUUGAUGUCGACAGCACAGUCAUCCGAGAGGAAGGCAUUGAUGAGCUGGCCAAAUUCUGUGGUGUGGAGGCGGCUGUGUCUGAAAUGACACGGAAAGCCAUGGGAGGAGCAUUGCCUUUCAAAGAUGCGCUCACUGAACGCCUGGCACUGAUCCAGCCCUCCAGGGAGCAGGUGCAAAGGCUCCUAGCUGAGCACCCCCCUCACCUGACCCCAGGGAUAAGGGAGCUGGUCAGUCGCCUACAGGAGCGCAAUGUGCAGGUGUUCCUCAUAUCUGGUGGCUUUAGGAGUAUCGUGGAGCAUGUUGCUGCAAAGCUCAAUAUCCCAACAGCCAAUGUAUUUGCCAAUAGGCUGAAAUUCUACUUCAAUGGUGAAUAUGCAGGUUUUGACGAGAUGCAGCCAACAGCCGAGUCUGGUGGCAAAGGAAAGGUUAUUCGAUUUUUAAAGGAAAAAUUCCACUUUAAGAAAAUAAUCAUGAUUGGCGAUGGAGCUACAGACAUGGAAGCCUGCCCUCCCGCCGAUGCUUUCAUUGGGUUUGGAGGAAAUGUGAUCAGGCAACAAGUCAAGAGCAAUGCCAAGUGGUACAUCACUGACUUUGUUGAGCUCUUGGGAGAAUUGGAAGAAUAGUCUCAACUUCCUGCCCACUCAGAACAACUCCAGUCUCUCAGAGCUACAGUCAGGAGGUAGCUAGUUUUGUCUACUGCAGUUCCAAUAUUAAUAUGACUACUAAUUACCUGGAGAGUUUUAUACUCUGAAUUCUUUGUGUAUACUCCUACCUAUAUUUUACCUGGAGCUUUCUGAGGUGCGUGGUAAAUUAAAUGCUUUUGCUCUUGCAA